UGCAGGGGAUGACCAGAGACUGCGGACAGUACAGGGAAUGACCAGAGACUGCGGACACAGUGCAGGAGAUGACCAGAGACUGCGGACACAGUACUGGAGAUGACCAGAGACUGCGGACACAGUACAGGAGAUGACCAGAGACUGCGGACACAGUGCAGGAGAUGACCAGAGACUGCGGACACAGUGCAGGAGAUGACCAGAGACUGCGGACAGUACAGGAGAUGACCAGAGACUGCGGACACAGUACAGGAGAUGACCAGAGACUGCGGACAGUGCAGGAGAUGACCAGAGACUGCGGACACAGUGCA